AUGCUCCUGAACGUUCUUAUCAGUAUGUUGAACAGUGACAUAUUUAGCAGUAUUAUUUUGUUCAUAUUAUUUAUUACUAUCAUUACAAAAAAUGCACCUGCACAAUUUCAACUGAUUUGGGAAAUGUUGAGAAGAAAAUCUAGUGAAUCAAAAAAUCAUCCUGUUGAAGUAGAAAAGAGUGUUAACGCUGAACGAGAGAUUGUACCAAAAAGUGUAAACUAUCACUUUACAAGGAAAUGUAAUUAUGAGUGCGGAUUUUGUUUCCAUACUGCCAAAACAUCUUACAUGCUUAGUAUAGAAGAUGCCAAAGUGGGACUUGAAAUGUUGAAGAAAUCAGGUAUGGAAAAAGUAAACUUCAGUGGAGGCGAACCAUUUUUACCACAGAGAGGUAAACACUUGGGAGAGAUGGUGAAAUUUUGUAAACGUGAAUUGAAAUUGGCAUCAGUCAGUGUGGUUUCGAAUGGAUCCCUAAUUAAGGAAAAAUGGUUCGAAGAUUAUGGACAAUAUGUCGAUAUAAUGGCAAUAUCUUGUGAUUCUUUCAAUGAAGAAACAAAUAAGGCAAUAGGCAGAGGACAGGGAAAUAAGAAUCAUAUCAAACAAUUGAGAAAAGUAAGAGAUUGGUGUCAAAAAUAUGAUGUACUUUUUAAAAUAAAUACUGUGGUUAACACUUAUAAUUAUGAUGAGGAUAUGAGUAGACAAAUAAUGGAAAUCAAACCAAUACGAUGGAAGGUUUUCCAAUGUCUUCUUUUGGAAGGCGAAAAUGCUGGAGCAGAAGCACUUAGAAACGCAGAGAGGUUUUAUAUUUCCGAGGAAAUUUUCAAUAAUUUUUUGGAGCGCCACAAAGGAGUCGAUUGUUUGGUACCAGAAUCGAACAAAAAGAUGCAGAACAGCUAUUUGAUACUGGAUGAAUAUAUGAGAUUCCUCGAUUGUACAAGUGGUUCUAAAAUACCCUCAAAGUCGGUGUUGGACGUGGGAGUACAAAAUGCUCUCAAGUUUUCGGGCUUCGAUGAGACAAUGUUCAAAAAACGAGGCGGAAUCUAUAAAUGGUCAAAGGAAGCGAACAAAAUGUCUUGGUAA